UUGUAAAAGGGGACGGCUUUUCUCUUGUUCUUCCGACGCCACUGAGAUGGAAGACAGCAUGUCAGCCAGGUGGUUCUGAGAGCCUGAGCAUGGAUGCCCUUCACGUGAGCCCUCCCGGGGCCCCUCUGGGGAAGCACACUGCCGGGGCCAUGCUCAAGGCCCACCGGCCCCGAGUCAUGUCCAAGAGCGGCCACAGCAACGUGAGGAUCGACAAAGUGGACGGGAUCUACUUACUCUACCUGCAAGACUUGUGGACGACCGUCAUCGACAUGAAGUGGAGGUACAAGCUCACGCUGUUUGCCGCCACCUUUGUGAUGACCUGGUUCCUUUUCGGAGUGAUCUACUAUGCCAUUGCGUUUAUUCACGGGGAUUUGGAGCCCAGUGAGCGGAUCUCAAAUCACACCCCCUGCAUCAUGAAAGUGGACUCUCUCACGGGGGCCUUUCUCUUUUCCCUGGAAUCCCAGACAACCAUCGGCUACGGCGUCCGUUCCAUCACAGAGGAGUGUCCUCACGCCAUCUUCCUGCUGGUGGCUCAACUGGUCAUCACGACCUUGAUCGAGAUCUUCAUCACGGGCACCUUCCUGGCCAAAAUCGCGAGACCCAAAAAGCGAGCCGAGACCAUCAAGUUCAGCCACUGCGCAGUCAUCACCAAGCAGAACGGGAAGCUGUGCCUGGUGAUCCAGGUGGCCAACAUGAGGAAGAGCCUCCUGAUUCAAUGCCAGCUCUCGGGCAAGCUCCUCCAGACCCACGUCACCAAGGAAGGGGAGCGCAUCCUGCUCAACCAGGCCACGGUCAAAUUCCACGUGGACUCCUCGUCCGAGAGCCCCUUCCUCAUCUUGCCCAUGACCUUCUACCAUGUGCUGGACGAGACCAGCCCCCUGCGAGACCUCACGCCCCAGAAUCUGAAGGAGAAGGAGUUUGAGCUCGUGGUCCUGCUCAACGCCACCGUGGAAUCCACCAGCGCCGUCUGCCAGAGCCGAACCUCCUAUAUCCCGGAGGAGAUCUACUGGGGUUUUGAGUUCGUGCCUGUGGUCUCGCUCUCCAAGAACGGCAAGUACGUGGCUGACUUCAGCCAGUUCGAACAGAUCCGCAAGAGCUCAGACUGUACCAUCUACUGCGCGGACUCCGAGAAGCAGAAACUGGAGGAGAAGUACAGGCAGGAGGAUCAGAGGGAGAGGGAGCUGAGGACCCUCUUGUUACAGCAGAGCAAUGUCUGAUCCCAGGGUGCGGGCUGCCUGCACCUUUGAGAGCUAUUUCACCUGGGUGCUGCCUUCAAUGCCUAAGGUCGCUACGAGAGCAAAAGCACGAGGGCCCGCUUGGAAAGACCGCAGGGACGUACAACGUCCAUCUUUGACUCUGACCGGGUGGCCAAGCAAGCGUGGCCGAGUUCUAGAAAGUUCCUUGGAGUGCCUUGUCUGAACUGAACUCUCAGAACUCAAACUUUCAGAAGUAGGGCUUCCCUUUGAAGAGCGUGGUCUAGAGCAGUUGAGAAAACGUCUUGUUGGACGGAGAGAUAUUUAGCAAUGCUGAUAUUGAGGGGAAAUGUACUUCCAAGGGAGAAUAUCAGCUUUCUUAUAAGGUAUUUAUUUAAUCUGGGUAUCAAAGACAUUAUGGCCAAGGGUUGAAGUGGGGGUCAGUAUUCACUUGCAUCAUUGCUCUGAAACACGCUCCUCUUGUUCCAGCUGAGAGAACGUUCUCUGUGAUCAUGAUUGGUAAUGCCCAAAAAGCACUGGUGGGGAGACUGGACGCUCACAGAGCAUAGUAACUGCAUUUUUACACUUCUUCAGUGGCCUGAACUGAGAGGGCGAAAUCAACCAUAUUCGUAAAUAACAGAUGUGGAGAAUCUCCCUACGGAGCUCAUGCUAUUAUUCCCUUCUAUCCAAAAUGUGGCGCCCGGAGCAUGUAGCAGCUUUUUAGCAGUAUAGAUCCCGAGACUUCAGUGGUACUGGCAGGAUCAGUAUCUGUGUCUUAA